AUGGCUGCCAUGGUGCGGCCACUGGAGAGUUUGCUGGCCGGAAAUUCCUCAGUGUCUCUGGGCCCAGAUGGGACUCCAAUGGCGUCCAUGAACCACCCCACUGGGCCUCUAUGCCAGGUCUCUUUGCCAGGGUCCCGGGUUGUGUCCUGGCGCCACGGUGAUCGGGAGAUGCUGGUGGAAGGCCUUAUGCCUUGUGGCCUCGAAGGCCUCAUCGCCGGCACGGACUGGACCAUCCAGAGCUUGGUCGGCUUGGAGGAUGAUGUGUUGGCCUUCUCAGCCUUCGCGGAGGCGCGGACGGCAGACGGGGUGCCAGUGCGCGCCCGAACCGAAGUCCAGCUGGGUGCCAGUCGGAUCUCCAUGACCUUGGAGGUGUCCCAUGCUGGCGCAGAUGAAAUGGAAUGGGAGGAAGAUGAGGAGCCGGAGCCCUUGGAGGCUCAAGAGCGGAGCCUCAAGCGCAGCCGCAUGCUUCCGUUGCACUUGCCCCAUGCUGGCUUGCAAGCCAGCCUCAGAUGCCAAGAGGGCAUGGGGAGCGUCUCUGGCGAAGCUGUCGACGCGUCGGAGGGCCUCGUUUUGGAGAAGACGGGCCUCCGAUUGGAGACCUUUGGCUUCAACCAGGUGAAGUUGAGCACAGGACCUGAGACGCUGCACUUCCGCACGCUGGCGCCCACGGAGGUGACGCUGCAGCCAGGCGAGACGGUGUCUGGUGCUUGCUCCUUGGAGCAUCUCUUAGUGGCACUUGAAACCACGAUCCGCGCCCAACUCGCCAUGCCACGAUCCAGUGGCUUCAGUCAUUUCGUGGAAAAGGUGGCGGCGGCUGAUUCCGACGCACAGAAGGACGGAGUAGAGGUCCUGUUCGGGCAGAGGGGUAUGCUUUGUGGCACCUGGCAUGGCACCUGGCAACGGCUCUCGGUGGAGGGACCCUCGCUGAAAUCCGCCCAGCGCUUUCGAGCCACCUGCGCCCCUUGUGUGGCGGCGGAUGGCGAAUCGGUGCAUCAUGUGAACCGCUAUCCACCGGAGGUGGCGCCCAAGCCGGGGCUUUUGGGCUCGGAUGGGAUGAUGGAAGUGGAUUUUGGGCAGAUGAACAAGAGCAACUUCUUACAACCCUUUGGCCCUCGCUCCUCGGCCUCCUAUGGCUCCGGCUGGGCGGCUCUGUACCCCUCCUCCUGGCAGACGGAGCGCUUGGCGGUGGAGCUGAUCUCACGGGUGGGCGCCCAACGGCACCGGCUCAUUGCGAUGUGGCAACGAAAGGAUGAGGACGUGGCGUUGACGAUGCUGACCUCCAUCCGCGAGUCCCAAGCGGACGGGUCCGAGCGCGUCUUCGGAACAGGGUCUUCGGAGCACGGUGAGGAGCAUGUGGCGGAGCAGGUCGAGGAGGACUGGUACACCUUGAGUCCCUCCACCUUCGCUCUGGUGCCACGUCAGCUUUCUUCAUCUGGUGACUUUCAGAUCGGCCUAGCGUGGGCGACGGCAUCAGACGACGCAUGGAAUGGGCUCAUUGCCAACUUUUCUCAGCAUUUACAAAGCGUUCAGCUUCCAAAGUAG